AUGGCCUCCUCAUUCAUCAAGUCGAUUCGCGAACGCACGCCGCUCGCCGGUGCAUCAAAAGUACCCGAUCACCUCUACCACACCGACUGGUCUCGAUCCCUCGCAAAUGCGCAGCUCAGCAGCACUGGAAACUUCAGCGAGGGCAUUCUAGCAGGCCUGGCCCUGCCUGGCGAGGUCACUGCUAUGGCCUUUGACCCUGUACAGGGGUUCUUGGCUGUUGGCACCACGCUCGGCACCGUUCAUCUCUUCGGAUCUCCACCCGUUCAGGUCUCCUUCACCCUUCGCCCCUCACACAAAGUCAAUCACCUCGCCUUCAAGUCGGAUAAAGCCCUCUUGAUAUGCAUCGAUGAGAAGGACAACAUCAGCAUCUUCGACUUGUCACGACCCGAUCCCCAGAUCAGAGCCGCCCACGCUUCCUCCACCAACCAAUACCGCACCACCACCGCUUCCACCGGUCAUAGCAUCACAGGCCCACCUCAUCCUGACACACCACAAAGAGUCGGAGUUCACACCGUUCGAAACAAGGUCCUCUGCAUCGAAGUUUCGUCCGCACACUCUCACAUGUUUCUUGGUCUUCGCGAUGGCACCGUCGAUACCUACGACCUCGAGCGCAUGUGUCCAUCUCCCUAUCGCGUUCCAAAUCUUUGGUGGGAAGAAGAAGAAAUUCUCCGCAAUUCAGGCGUGCCGGACGCCCCCAAUCGUCGUCAUGUACCGCUCAUCAUCGACAUCAAGACCAACCCGAAAGUUUUGAAUCAGCUCCUCCUAGCGUACGAAGGCGGCGCAAUCCUCCUCGACAUUCGCGAGCGUGCGGUUCUCAAGACGUUUCAAUUGCGACUUCUGCCAGGAACCCUUGGGUCUGGUGGCAACCCGGACCUCGUAUGGACCGAACGCGCACCGCCUGCCACCUGCAUCGCCUGGCGACCCGACGGAGAAGUCUUUGUAAUGGGCCACGAAGACGGCUGCAUCUCCUUCUGGCACAUCCGUGAUGAUGACAAGCCAAUCAUGGUUCGAACGCUGGAUAGCCUCGACGUCGAGAAGCCUGUAUCGGAUCCUACCCUCCUCGAUACACAUCAGCCUUCGAAGGAGCCCAUCUUUAAGUUGGCAUGGUCAGGGUUCCCCGAAAAGGGCUGGAUGGACAUGGCAAGCGCGACUGCUGCCAGCUGGCAAUCGCAGCCGCGUCAAACCAACGCAAAUGAACCGGUCAACGAGCCUGUCAAGGGUACGGUGCUCACAGUCUUGGGUGGCGCUAAGGCUGGUAUCGAUGCACCCGGUCUUUUCUGCGCCAACUUGCCGCCAUACAGCAACUCUCUAUCCGUCCUAGGCGGCGGUGCGGUCGAAGCGAACCACAAGCUACGCACAGCGCUCCACAAUUCGCUCGUGCCCUCGUCAGAGGCUAUAUACCCCACUUCGAGCAUCGUCGAAGACUUCAUGUUGCUACCCAGGAGCAAUCCGCACUACUCUGGUACCUACGAUCCUUCCGCUGUCGUGUUGCUGCUUGCCGCAGAUCCUGCGCUGCCCACUCUGCCGCCACCUGCUGCUGCACGAGGUCUCGCAUGCUUUGCAUUCCCGCCUCGAUCCAAAUCAUCUGCAUCGUUGCAGUAUCCGACCUCACCAGUCCAUCUACGGGGCCCAUCCUUAGACAGCGCGCCGGAUCUGGUAUCUGCCCCUCCCAGUGCUCAGAAGGAGCUACAUCUUCCCUUGCCACUGACGCUAUCCGGUGGAGGUGCUGUCCUCGGCGCCAAGCUCGAGAUGUUGACGCCUCACGCCUAUCGAAAGCUGGUUGGGCUUCUGGAUGUGACCGGCCAGAAUCAAAAGCAAGAGCAGGCAGCCGGAGCCUCCACGCUGCGCUCCACCUUCGAUGGCAACAAGCCUCCGCUCAAGCUGAAGGGCGGCAAAGCCUCGGCGAGCUUGUCUAACGAAGGCAGCGAUGGCAUCUCGGACGUGCUGCGAUCAUCCAAAUUCCGCGUGUUGGUCACUUGGCACCUCGAUGGGACCGUGCGCUUCUACGACGCAAGCCCGCACUUGUUGCUCAUGGGCGACGUCGACGAGGAGGAUGUGCGGCAGCAAUCACCAUUGCCGCGCAUCUGGCUGCAGUCAAGUUUUCCGUCGCCUUUGCCUCACCUCACCUUCGAUAUCCGAAGUUUGUUGCAAAGCCCGUCGAUGAUGGGACACCCAUCGUUCGAUAGGGCGCGCGGCAGAGCCAAGGUGCUGGAUGUCAGCUUUGCUGCCGAGGUGCUCGAGACCGCUGUAGUCUUGUCAACCGGACAAGUGCUCCACUAUCGAUUUGGGUUUGCUCAGUUCAGUGAGACAGAGGCGAUCCAGGAGCAAGUCGACGAGUCGAUGAUGAAGCUAGAAGCUCAGCGGCCAGAUCUUGCCAUACCGCCGGUCAGGAGCCCGAGCAGUGCAACGAGGUCCUCGCACUCUCAUGACUCGCGGCGCCCUGGAUCCACAGCCGCUUCUUCCAGACUCAGCACGGACAUGGCUCAGAUCCUGAGGGAUCUGAGCAUCGACGAUCCGCCAUCAGCGCAACAGCCCACGAUGAGCGCGCCCCCCUCGAACGGGGUGCCUCCCCCUCGCCCUCGCCGCGAUCCGAACAGAGUCUGCAUACGGGGCAUGCCCGCAUCUGGCACGGGCCCCGAUCCCGCGCGCGCUGAACAGCCAAUGCUCGCAUCUCCGGCUCUCAACUCGACCUUUUCGCCACGUCAACCCAACAGUUCUGUGCCUUCAGCGGCAGGCGAGCAUGACGAGAUUGUGUUCUUGGCGCACCUCGCGGAUCCAAGGUAUGAUGGAUUCAAGCCCAGUCUGAUGGUCGACCCGUUGCGAGGUGAGGUCUCUGCUUGCGCCUCGAGCGACAUUGGCUUCAUGGCGGUGGCGUGCGGGACAGCGUUGGCGGUGAUGGAUUUCCGCAGCACUGAACUGAUCCUUAAAGAGGGCUUCGGUGGUGAGACGGAGUCUGCGCACGGGAAGCGCGACGAAGACAAGAGCAUACGCAAGAUCCUAGAGGCCGAGUCCAAAAGUCCGAUCGUGCACCUCGCCUUCAGCGUCUGUCGCGUCAGCGAUGACCCUAGUCUGGCCCCCCGUCUGAUCGUGGUGCGAGCGGAUGGACUGAUUACAGCCUGGACGCUGCAGAAGACCCUCGAUAUGUGGCUCGUGGAGCGCACGAGCUCGCACAAGUGCGAGGAGCUCAGCAACGUGCGAGCGAUUCGCAUCCUCGAUAACAACGGUCAAGCUCGUCAGGCCUUGCCGCACGAUCUGCAGCAGGCUCUUCGGGAGCAAGAGUACGGGUCCAUCGGAUCGACGCCUGGAUCUGCCAUGCCGUCGGCCGACGUUUUGCUCGGCUUCACGGAUCGACAAGUGACACUGCGCUACGGCGUGACUGGCCCUGUCGUUGCGCGCGCUGACAUUGGAGAGCGUGUGCUGGGCUGCGGAGUCAUCGAACGGGCAGGCGACAAGGUAGCCGCCGUUGUGACACCGACAAGCAUUCGAAUCUUCAGUCUGCCAAGGCUGGAGUCGAUCAUCCGGCUGCAGCGACAUCACCGCGAGGUGGGCGAGUCGUCGGGCGGUCGACCCUCGGUGUCGUUCGGCCCGCAGGGAGACUUUGUCGAGGUGUGCAGCAGCCUGGAUGUGCGCAUGUGGACCAUGUUCGCAUCGCUGCGAAGACCAGGCUUGCCGAAUCUGACGCUGUACGACCCUGUAUCGAGUCAGGCCAUGCCGGGGCAUCCGAGUGCAGCCAUGUCGGCAGCAGGCGUGGCCACCAGCAUUGCGGGCUGGUUCGGUACCAAGACGACCGGCGUUCUUUCAGUCUCGGCUCAUAUGGAUGCGGUGCUUGCGGGACCCAAUCGUCCGGAUGCGCCCAAGCUAGGCGAUCCUCUGCCGCCACGCGAUUACCGCCCAAUGGCUGCAGUGCGGGUGCCUCGGGGGGAAGCCAAUGCGCGAGGAACACCCGAGGAGACGCGCGCUGCGUUGCCGCCUCUAGCUUCGGCGCAGAGGGAAGCAAGCAAGGCCAAGCAGGUAGCUGCAACGACGGACUCAGCCUGGCAGACGGGGUACCAGAACAUCGACCUGCUCAAGGCACGUGGCGCCAUGAUGAGUGGGAUUGAAGACGGCCUCACUUCGCUGGAACGCGGCGCGAGCAAUUUCCUCAAGAACACACGCGAGGCGGCGGUCAAGGGCGCGGCCAAGGAUAAGAUGAACAAGAUGUUCUUCUGA